GUUUCUUGAAAUCCAUCAUCAGUGUCAUCCUUACUGCUAACAGUAGAAGGAGCUUGUCAAAUAGUUAUUUAUUAAUAAUUAAUUAACAAUGUUCAAGUCACAGUGUUUGUUGUUGUGUUUGUGCUUCGUAGCUGCGUCUUUCGGCAAUAUCGCUCCUUUCAUUGACAAAUGCGAAUGGAGCGACAAGGCCUGCUUGGUCAAGUCUUCGCAGAAGGCAGUACCAUUCCUAGCAGCUGGCUUGAAGGAAAUCGGCCUCCCGCCCCUGGAUCCCUUGAAAAUGAGCAAGGCUACGUUACAAGAGGGAGAAUUGAAGAUAGAAUUUGAGGACAUGACUGUCAUCGGUACCAGCAAAUGUAAAGUGGUUAACGUAGAGCGCAACUUGGAUCAAUCUAGCUUGUUAUUCGAAGCUGAAUGCCCAAUCAAGGUGGAGGGUACCUACACUGGAUCUGGCAAGUUAAUAUUUGCGCCUUUCGAAGGACAUGGUGCAUUCGAAGUGCAGACAAACAAAAUCUUCAUCUCCAUCAAGGCGGAGAUAAAGACUGUGACCGGCGCAGAUGGAGUAGAACACUGGCAGGUUGGAAAAGUUGAAAACAGUUACGACUGUAUAGAAAAAGCAACGUUCAAGUUCGAGAACCUGUUCAAUGGUGAUAAGUCAAAGGCUGACCCAAUCAUGGUGAUCUUCGACCAGAGCUGGAAGGAGCUCAUGAGUUCAGUCGCCAAGCCCAUCGUGAACGCCAUCGUUGACGAAUACGUCAGUGCCAUCAAAAUCUUUGCUGAUAAAGUACCCAGAAGUGAACUUGAGUAAAAUAACUUGUAACUUACUAAGCAUGCUUUUGCAUUGAUAACGUAGUAUAAAAGGAAUAUACGCUCAAACCUAAGACCAAUGACACAAUGUUCUUUUUUUAAAUAAAAUCUAAAUUCAA